GAGGUGUGUGUGUGUGUGUGUGUGUGUGUGUGUGUGUGUGUGUGUGUGUGGCGGGGGAGACUACAAGAGAGCGGCCACGAGCGAUGAGGACAAGAGAGUUAAAAAGCUGGAGAGCCGGUAAAAGAAGAGGCCCUGCACCGACGGCAGAACCGUCCCUCGGCUCCCACCGUUCCCCGCCGGACUUUGGAGCAAGGGAACCCGUUCGUGGUUGCUAAGGGGCGGCCCCGGAAGUGACGGACUCCGGGUUUGUUGACAGCGGCGGCGGCGGCGGCGGCGGCGGCUGAGCUUGAGACGGAGGGAUCGAGAGGCGGACGGAAGAGCUGGGAUCGGAUCCGGGAGGACGGGCUCGGGGCCCGGAGCCCAGAGCCAGCAGCGGGCGGGCGGGCCGGCUUUCGCCCCGCCCCAGCACCGAGGGGACAGACGCGUCGCCGACAGCCGGGAGAAGGCUAUCACUACCUCAAAUGUCUCUGUGACUACUACCAGGACAGGACUCUCUCAUCCCUGGGGCACCCUUGGCUCAAGCCAUACGCCUGUGCCCCAGCCCCAGGAUGGCAUUGGACAGCCCUGAGUCCCUGAUGGCACUCUGCACAGACUUCUGCCUCCGAAACCUAGAGGGAACCUUAGGUUACCUCCUGGACAACGAGACCUUGCGGCUGCACCCGGACAUCUUCCUACCCAGUGAGAUCUGUGACCGGCUUGUCAAUGAGUAUGUGGAGCUAGUCAAUGCUGACUGUAAUUUUGAGCCCCAUGAGAGUUUCUUCAGCCUCUUCUCAGACCCCCGAAGCACCCGUCUCACUCGUAUCCACCUUCGAGAGGACUUGGUACAAGACCAGGACCUGGAAGCCAUUCGAAAGCAGGAUCUGGUUGAAUUGUACCUAACCAACUGUGAGAAGCUGACCGCCAAGAGUCUGCAGACAUUGGGAAGUUUUAGCCCCACCCUGGUUUCCCUGAGCCUCUUUGGAUGCAGGAACAUCUUUUAUGAAGAGGAGAACCCUGGGGGCUGUGAGGAUGAGUGUGUGGUCAACCCCACCUGCCAGGUACUGGUUAAGGACUUCACCUUCGAGGGCUUCAGCCGCCUGCGGUUCCUCAACCUUGGCCGAAUGACUGAGGGGAUUCCCGUGGAGUCUCUUCUUCGACCUCUGCGUUCCCUGACUGCCCUGGACCUUUCAGGUAUCCAGACCAGCGAUGUGGCCUUCCUGACUCAGUGGAAGGAUAGUUUGGUGUCCCUAGUUCUCUACAACAUGGACCUGUCUGAUGAGCAUAUCCGUGUCAUUGUUCAGCUCCACAAACUCCGGCACUUGGACAUCUCUAGAGACCGCCUCUCCAGCUACUAUAAGUUCAAGCUGACAAGGAAGGUGCUGAGCCUUUUUGUUCAGAAGCUGGGAAAUCUGGUGUCACUGGAUAUCUCUGGCCACAUGAUGCUAGAAAACUGCAGCAUCUCUAAAAUGGAUGAGGAAGCCGGGCAGACCAGCACUGAGCCUUGUAAGAGCAGCAUCACGCCCUUCCGGGCCCUGAAGCGGCCCCUGCAGUUCCUUGGGCUUUUUGAGACUUCCCUAUGCCGUCUGACACACAUUCCAGCCUACAAGGUGAGUGGUGACAAGAACGAGGAACAGGUGCUAAAUGCCAUCGAGGCUUACACAGAGCAUCGGCCAGAAAUCACUUCUCGAGCCAUCAACCUUCUCUUUGAUAUCGCCCGAAUAGAGCGCUGCAAUCAGUUACUCCGAGCCCUACAGCUGGUCAUUACCGCCCUCAAGUGCCACAAAUAUGACAAAAAUAUCCAGGUGACAGGCAGUGCUGCACUUUUCUACCUGACCAACUCAGAGUACCGCCCUGAGCAGAGCAUCAAGCUCCGCCGGCAAGUCAUCCAAGUGGUACUCAAUGGCAUGGAAUCCUACCAGGAGGUGACGGUUCAGCGGAACUGCUGCCUGACACUCUGCAACUUCAGCAUCCCAGAGGAGCUGGAGUUCCAGUACCGGAGGGUCAAUGAACUCUUGCUCAGCAUCCUCAAUCCCACUCGACAGGAUGAGUCAAUCCAGCGAAUCGCUGUGCACCUCUGCAAUGCCCUUGUCUGCCAGGUGGACAAUGACCACAAGGAGGCUGUGGGCAAGAUGGGUUUUGUCAUGACCAUGCUAAAGUUGAUUCAGAAAAAGCUAAUGGACAAAACAUGUGAUCAGGUGAUGGAAUUCUCCUGGAGUGCUCUGUGGAAUAUCACAGAUGAGACGCCGGACAACUGUGAGAUGUUCCUUAACUACAGUGGCAUGAAGCUCUUCUUGGAGUGCCUGAAGGAGUUCCCAGAGAAGCAGGAACUGCACCGGAAUAUGCUGGGACUCCUGGGGAAUGUUGCAGAGGUGAAGGAACUGCGGCCCCAGCUAAUGACUUCGCAGUUCAUCACUGUCUUCAGCAACCUGCUGGAGAGUAAGGCAGAUGGAAUUGAAGUGUCCUAUAAUGCCUGCGGUGUCCUUUCCCACAUUAUGUUUGAUGGCCCGGAGGCCUGGGGAAUCUGUGAACCUCGGCGGGAGGAAGUAGUAGAACGAAUGUGGACAGCCAUCCAGAGCUGGGAUAUCAACUCCCGGAGAAACAUCAAUUACAGGUCAUUUGAGCCAAUUCUUCGCCUACUUCCCCAGGGUAUAUCCCCUGUCAGCCAGCACUGGGCAACCUGGGCUCUGUACAACCUUGUGUCAGUCUAUCCGGACAAGUACUGCCCCCUGCUGAUCAAAGAAGGUGGCAUGCCACUUCUGAGGGACAUGAUCAAAAUGGCUUCUGCCCGACAGGAGACCAAGGAAAUGGCCCGGAAGGUGAUAGAGCACUGCAGUAACUUUAAGGAGGAGAACAUGGACACAUCCAGAUAGAGGCAAUGGGCCCUCCCGAUUCUGGCCCGCACAGGUCCCAACUUCUCUCUAAAUUACUGUAUCUAGGGAGGAAUCCUCACCAGCCUGGCUGUCGGAAGGCCCUCAUCCUGUGCGUGUGGGACCCCAAUGAGAUGAAGGUGCACUGGGGGAACUUUUGCACAACCAAUGCUUUUCCUUAACAUUAGUAAGAUAUAUAUAUAUUAUAUAUAUAUAUAAUUUUUUGUUAGGAAGUGUGAAUUGAAUUUUUGUGUGUAUGAUUUCUGUAUAAAAACAAAAGAAACAUCCCCCUCCCCAAGUCCUUGCAACAUUCUUUGGCCUUUUUAAGCCCACAGAGAGCCUCUAAUAGCCAUUCCCUUUUCCCCACCAACCACCCACUGGCUCAAAGCUUGAAAAAUUGUGACUUUCAGUUCUCUUCUUUUAUCAUUUCCACUGUCCCUCUUCUGAUGCGCAAAGCAUCAGCCCAUCCCUAGUCCCCUGCACCAGAUCCCUGGGACAGCUAGGAGCCUAGGCUAGGCUCUCAGGCCUGGUGGAAGCUAGGCUGGUGGGGUUUGAGGCUUAGCAGUAAAAGAACACAGAGAGUCUUAGAACAAACCCUGCAGAGGUCCUAGAAAGGCCAGGGUCCUUGGCUGUUGACUGUUAGAGGCAAGGUACAGAGUCAUUCACAGUGCCAAGGCAUAGACAGUGUUGAUUAGGAGCCUCAUAAUGGACAGAGGUCUUUAGCCUUUAUAAGCUCAGAAUCACCCUUACCCCUUUGGAGAGACUAACUAUACCCUGUCCACUAUUCCCCAUGGUGAUUUUUUUUUUUUGCAUCGAUUUUUGCAAGCCACAGAUAUAUACCCACUCUGAAGCCAUGCUGCUAAGGUGGCAUUAAGCUACUUCCUUUCUUCUCCCUCUCCUGCUAUGGCCCAGGCCUCCCCCCUUUUCAAAUAAAAGGGGAGUGAAGGAUCUCUUCCUCCCAAAGAAGAUAGAGUAGGGACAGAUUCUUCUGCCAUCCCAGCAGAUACUCCUGCUUAAGAUGCCUGCCUCCAUAUCCCUGGAGCUACUCAAGUGCUUGUCUAUCUCAGGCAUUCUUCCCCGGAUAGCUGAGCUGGCGGUGCUUCCCUGUUCCUCCCCACCCAACUAACCCUUGGCAGCUGACAACCUUGUCACUGCUUCCCUGCAUCGGCUGAGAGACUGGAGGAAUGACUCAGAGCAGCUGGAGGAGACCUGGGGACAGCUGGAAGUGAGAGCUUGCCCAUAUAGAGCCCUCAACCCCAGCGUACCUUUUCCCCACUCAGAUAUGCAUUAGAAACUCUGCAUCAAGAGCUGGGGCAACUCCCCCCAGGCCAACACUGUGGCAACAGACAUUUCUCCAGACCAGCACAACAGACACUUUUCAGUGGUACAGCCUAACCCGUCCCAUUGGGAGCAGGCAGUACCAUGGGGCAUUGUAAUCUCUGACUUUUCCUUUGGAACCUCUGUGCUUUGUUUUGGACAGUGUGAGACUUGUAUGUAUUUUUAAAUAUUUUGUUCCAAACCCUCUCAAUUUUUAUUUUAUUUUUUUUUUUUGGUGUAAUUUUGAAUUAAGUUUGGACAGGUGGGGGUGGGGGUGGGGGUGGGGAGGGUUGUCAAUGAGAUGUGCUUAGAAGCCAACCACUCAGAAAAUCUUUUCUCCUCUUCCUCCUUCCUAGUCCUCCUACUAGCCUUCUUCCUGAGUGUUUAUCUCUGUAUGAAACAGGAUGGCAUAGGUAGGCGAAUGAAAAUAUCUCUUUUCUCCUUGGUUUUCCCAUGCUCAGCUUCUCAUGCUCCAACAAGGGUGAGCCUGUGUUGGGUGAACUCUGAAUUUUCCAGUCCUGGUAGUGGGGCUGAGUUUGAGCCAUUUGCCCGACCAUCCACCAGGGACUGGGUAUUUCCCCACAGAGCAAACCUCCCUCCCUCCCUCUCCCCCACCUGGACUGUCCCUGCUCUAAGGACCUUGGCACAGCCUAUUGCUUUGAAUGAGCACCCAGGUCCUGUGUUAAGCGUCUGUAACUUGGGAUGUCACAGAAAUACAUUUUUGUGCAA